AUGGACUCUCCACGACACCUUCUUCUUCUCCCAUACGAGCUAAGAGACCAGAUAUGGGCCUACUCAGCCGUUACUGGUGAAGCCCAUGGGCUCAUGUGGUGCUGUCGCCAGACGCGCGACGAGUUCUCUCGAUACUUCCCUCGAUACUGCAGCAUGCCUAACGACAUUACCAAACUUGUCAAGCUCAGCAUAUGGGUGGAUUCGACAUAUACUCAGGGGUCUUGGCUCAAGUUCGCAUACUGCUGGGAGGCCCAUGGAUACCCUUAUCGCGCUGUUGAGACAGUUCACGACAUGGACGAUGCGAUUGCUCAGCGACUCCUGGAGAUGACCCACGCUGAGGAAAUCAUGGUACACUUUCAGGCCCCCAGACGAGGCCACUUUGUCGGCGCACUUCUCAUGAUGCUUGCAAAGGCAGAUGAUGUAUAUCAUCUCAUCAUCAACAUGUCGAAGGGCACUGAUGCCACGGGCCCAAGCAACAUCACCAUCCGCUUCUCAACUGAAGGAGUACGGCCAGGCCAGUCGGAGAAGGAGGCCAAGAACUUCUGGGAGUGUCGCUCCACAAAGUUUCUACAGGAGGGCAUCAGAGAGCGCAUUUCCAUUCUUCAGUAUACGAUGCCAUGCUUUUACGAGUACUUCUUGAUUAACCACCCAGUCACAUUUGGCCAGCCACCCAAGAUCGAGUUUUGUACUUGGCCACGCGCUCACGUCCGCGUACACUUGACAAAGAAGCGUUACUCUACACAUGUUUCGAAAACGGCCAAGGAGAAGAGCCAGAAGGAGUGUGUUGAAAAUUUGCCCAAGUCGCGCACUCCCCGCGACAGCUUCGCCACGUACUCGGCCAAGAUGAUGACCGACCUACGGAACCAGGAGGACUGCGACUUUGACCGCGGAUCUUGGGUGGCGACCGACUACGGUGUAGCCAACUUGAAGUACCGGUUUCAGUUCUUGCUCGAUAGCCUGGCAGGACCAAUUGGCGGUUGCUUGGACAUGCUGCGCUUGCAUCGGUUCCGGACCAUGGGCGCAACACAGGCCAACCUCUUCGCCCGAGAGGAGCGGAUGGCAACCAAGAAGUUCGCAUCACUUUCCGGAGCAGCAUCCGAGAUCAACAAUCGUCUGAAAAUACUGUUUAAUCCAUUUGCCUCUGAGGAUAUUCGAGACCUCCGAACGAGCUGCCAUCAUCUCUCGGCCGUGUCAUGGGCCACCGACCCUUCAGCUGAAGCAUUGCCCCGGCAGUAUUGUCCCCGCUCAUCAUGGCUAGAGCAUUAUCCAAAUGGGAUACGGUAUAGUUGGAACGGCAGGAGCCUGGUUUAUUGGCGUUUGCAGUGGGCAACUAAGGAGCGCUACGAAACGAGGCGUAUGAAUAUCGUCUGGCUGAGCAGAUGGUGGGACUGCUUGUCAUGCUGCAGGGAGGCAGGAUCGGCAAUGGAUACCCUCUCCAUCCCUUUCGAGAGGAACGUCUUGGAUCACUGGUACGAGUUCUUCGGCACUUCUCCUCAUAACGGGUUGGGUUCACUGGAUUGCUUCUGCAAAGAGUGCGAGUAUAUCGACAGACGAGUCAUGAUUGAGGAUGCCGAUAUUCAGUUCAGCAUCGACCGGCAUGCCAAACGUGGAAGCAUAUUAGGGCCAGAAAAUGUUUAG